UUCACAUCCUCCCUGAGAUCUUUUGCAUUUGUAUAUCCCAGUCUGCUUUGCACUUUAACAGCUUCCAGUUAUGAUGAACUGCCCAUCGUCUGGACCCCAGGGCAACUGUAUAUGGCCUUGCCAGGGCACUCAGCAACCGGGGGCCCCAGUGUGGCCUAGUCAACCAUACCAACCUUGCUGGCCCUAUCAGCCCAACCAGGCUAACUGGCCCGGGAUGCAGCCCACUGUACCAAACUGGCCAGCUUACCAGCCAGCACCACCCACCCAGUCAGUUUGGCCAAGUCCUCCACCUAUGGGACCUAGCCAACCAAGCCAACCCAUCUCACCAAGUCAACCACUGCCACCAAGUCAACCAAGCCAACCCAUCUCACCAAGCCAACCAAUGCCACCAAGUCAACCAAUCCAACCAAGUCAACCAAACCAGCCAAUACCACCCAGCCAACCAACCCCACCAAGUCAACCAAGCCAGCCAAUCCCACCAAGCUGGCCUUCACAACUCCCCAACCCCAUUCUCCCAUCAUGGCAUGGAAACCCUGGGCAGCCAGGAUGGCCUAAUCAGGGCCCCUCUGGAGUUCAGCAGCAUUCAUGGGCACCUGUCCAACCCACAGGGCCUGUGUCAGUACCUUACAACAUGAAUUUUCCCCGAGGCAUCUAUGAUAAGCUGAUGCUUACAAUAAGAGGACAAGUGAAGCCUGAUGCAAAAAUGUUUACUGUUAAUUUCCUGCGUGGUAAUGAUAUCGCCCUGCAUAUCAACCCACGCUUCAAUGAGGGGGGGAAGCAGGUCCUUGUUCGCAACCACAAGCUGGGGGAUCAGUGGGGACAAGAGGAGAGAACUCUCCUAGCACCUUUUCCCUUUGUGGCAGGACAACACUUUGAGAUGAAGAUCCUCUGUACAAUCAAUGAAUUCAAAGUGGCAGUCAAUAACACACCUGUAUUUGAGUUCAAGCACCGCAUCAGAGAGGUGAACCAGAUUGAUCGUAUCAACAUACUGCAUGAUGUCAGUCUUACGUCCGUCAAUGUGGACACUCUUCCCUGAGACAAAGCCACAUUACUGCUACCUCUACCUUACCCUAUCAACAUUGCAUGUGUAUAAUGCUCAGGAACUCCAACACUAAUUCUGCUGUCCCUUAACACUGUUAGGUGAUUUAUGUUGCACUGGAAAUAUUUCACUAUGGACACUAUGCAAGUCUUUCCAUUCACAGAAUGUUUUGCAAAAUAAUGGCACAGAUACUUGCCGAUUUGAUUCCUAAUUUGAUGACGCUCUUGCUGAAGGGUUUUUCUGUAUCUCUCACUUAAACAGACACACACACCUUUUUCCUUA